AUGCGAAGCUCUCGUCAAGGUAAUGUCGUGUAUAAUUCCGCCCUGCGGCAGAGCAAGGCCAUCAACAGCGAGCUGGCGACCUUGCAGUCCAAGGGCGAAACUUCGGCCGCAGAAAUUGGCAACGUGUCGGUGACAAUAGCGACCUUUACGAAAGCCAUCGACGAAUACCACAGCUUGGCGCGCCAGGAAAUCGUCCCCAAGAAGCAAGAAGAAGCCUUUGAGCGCGUCAAGAGGUUCCGCGAGGACCUCGCGGGAUUUCGCAGCCAGAUCGACAACCUCAAAAAGGCGCGCGAGGAGGCGCAUUACCAGAAUAACCGCACCGAGCUACUCGGCCGCCGACCGUACAAUGCCAACGCGACACCCGAGAAUCCCUACGCCACGACCAGCACGACCAACACCUCGUCCACGUUUCACCCCCGACACGGCGCCGCGGCGCCGCCGCAGCAGCAGCAGCAGCAUCUGACUACGGGUUCGCAAGACGAGAUGCGCGAGGCGCACGCGUUUCGCGAGCAAAAUUUCUUUUCCAACACGAACCAGGCGCUGGACGACUACAUUGCGCGGGGGCAGGCGGUGCUGGGCGACCUGGGCCAGCAGCGCGAGAUGCUCAAGAAUACGCAGAAGCGGCUGUACAGCGUCGCCAACACGCUAGGUGUCAGCGGCGAGACGAUUCGCAUGGUGGAGAGGCGCGCGCGCGAGGACAAGUGGAUUUUCGCGGCGGGUGUCAUUGUCUUUUUCGGGUUCUGCUGGCUGGUGAUGCACUACCUGCGAUAG